CGAAGACGACGACCUAGACCCGGAAAGCUCAGCGAGAGCUCGAGGGGAGCGGUCUGCUCUGCUGCGCACCACAUCUUACCUUUCUCCCGCUCACAUCCUCCUCCCUCUUCCUUCAUCCGCACAUCUAUCCUCCUCUCCCCGACCAUUCGCGCCCGCGAUGGCCGCGUUGCAACCCGACUCGUACGAGCAAAAUGGCAAUGGCGUGGCCGCUGAUCUCGGCGAGGGACCAUCGGGCCCUUCGCAUCGGUCCAAGAGCAAGGGCCUCUCACGGCUGCCAUUCGUACGCAAAAUUGUCACGAGACUCAUUGACUCUGCGACUCUCGACCUGACCGUUCUCGACGUGAAGCAGCCGCUGUCUUCCGAAGGUCUUACGGCCUCUGUCCAUCUCAGGGUCUCCGAGCUGAGCACUGGCCCUUUACCACUCAAAGCGAAGCUCAAGUUCAAGGGCGUCACCGAGCUCUGUUGGCCCUCCGAUUCGCCACUGAGCAAGCUGUCUGCGGUCUCGUCGGCGAAGGCGCAAUCAAGAGCGGGCGAGGUGAUCGCGACGGCUUCUCUCGGAGACCUCAAAGUCACGCCCUGUGCACCAGCAGUCAGCGCAGGCGCCACAACCCUGAGCCUUGAUAAUAGCCCAGCUGCGGUGUCUCAGGUAGGCGCCUUCGCACGCGCCUUGAUACAAGCGCCGGUGGACCAAAUGUUUCCCAUCAUCCUCAGAGCCAAUGGCGUCCAGAUCAAGGCAUACGGCUUCACCUUUUCUGGGCUGGAGAUGGAAAAGGUCGUGCCUCUCGGUGGACUUGGCAACAUGGGCGAUGCCCUACGAUACCCCGAAUUUGGAGCACCUCUGCUCAAAACGCCGUCACAAGCGUCGUCCUACGAGCCGCGAGGUUUUCUGGCUCGUUACCGCUCAAGGAACUUCAAGGUGGACAGCAACGGAGAGACCCGGCGCCUGCCUGGCACUCUGAUCGCCAGCAACCUCGACAUCAUCGGCGGCGAUCCCGAGCAAGGCAUUUUCAUCACAGCUACUGUAAACCUCAACAUACCCAAAGCCGUCAAGGGCCUGCCUCCCUUGAGUGUCCAGAUCGGCGAGUUGCGCUUUGCUCUGUGCCUCCCGACAGGUGGUACUAGCAAUCCCUACAUUUCCGUCGGACAUCUCUCGCUAGCGGACACACUGCUCAAAAUUGGCUGCAACAAUGAGGUCCAGGCAAAGGGAGUCAUACGGAUACCUACCAACUUGCAGCCAGAUUCUCGUGAGGCCAAGGCAUGUGCAGGCCUCUUCACUUCGCUCUUGCAGAAUGAGCCCAGCACCAUUGUAGCGAUGGAGACCGAGUCAAUACCCCUCUCUGACGCGCCGUGGAUGGCAGAGGCUUUCCGAGGAGCCGCGAUUUGGGCCACGCUCCCGCCUCUUGGCGACAAGGCUCGCCUUUUGGACGGUGCUCAGCUCAAAGCAGAGAAUGAGCUGUCCAUUCACGGCGGCAACUCGAAUACGUCUCGCAGUCGCUCAGACUCCAUUGGCUCCCACCAAGUCGAAAGCGCUCGCGACUCUACGUACAUCCGCACAACGCUUCGCAAUAGCUUUGGCGCGGCCAUCCACGUACGGAAGCUCAGGGUCAGGGCAUGCGAGGAAGAUGGCGAUCAUACUAAUGGAGCUGCAGAGCUUGGCCGGAUCAUCACGCCGGACAAUUGGGAGGGCAUCGUACUUCAACCGAACGAUCACGUUCCAGUGACGCUGCCCUUUGACCUCAACGAGGACCCCGUCGUCUUGAUCAGGCUGCUGAGGGCUUCGGCUCGCAAAGAGGGCGUCGAACUAGGCGAGGAAUUCAACAGGGUGCUCGAUCUUGCUGAUCGUCGGGAGACGGUGCCCUCGGGAGGACCGCGCGACGCGCCAACAAAGGACUUUGCCCCUCUCCUCACGCAGGCGCUUUCCAACUUGAGCGUCAGCGCCGUGGUCAGCAUCGAAGAUGUAUCCAUUGGCGGCUACACAAUUCCUUCCGGAAUCGACUUUACACAACGGUCCCUCGCCAUCACCAUCACAGGGGCUACAGCGGCUUGGAUCGUCCCUCGCGUGGGUGCGCCUUUGGUCAGCGAGCUCGUAGAAGCUGGCAACAUACAAGUUGGCGCCAUCGAUGUGCACGAUCUGACCGCUAACGGUAUGGUAGCGACAGCCGCACUGAAGUUGUCCAAUUUCGGGCCGAUAGCAGCUGAGGUCAGCUUAGAAUACGGUCUUGCUUUCGUCUGGACCCACGGGGAGCGUAAGGGCCAUACAGCGGCACUAUUCUACGUCAAUGGGCCGCUUCAGAUCCAGCCUGGCAAAACGUGCGAAGAGGUCAGAGAGGUGAACAUCGUGCCCGCGCACGGACAAUCAUCCGUAGACGACUUUGCUGCCUUUGUCGGCGCUCUACUUGAAGAAGAGACGUCGACCUGGCUUCUCGAAGCACCCAGUAUCAGAGUCUCUGCUGGAGGCUCCGACUUCCACCCACAUCUGUCGAAGCAGAUCACCCUGAGAGGCUUUGGCAACUUCCCGGAUGUAGCGGCAGAGGACUUUGACAUCCUCGGCGAGGAGCCUCUUUCGCCCUCGAUGGCUGCCCAGACAGGUCUACGCACCGACGCUAUGUCGUUGGGCUUCAAGGCUACGGUGACCUUGCCUAAUAUGAGCGACAUCACCCUCUUCCUCGCCAAACUGAAAGCCGAGCUUCUCGUGGACGAGCUUGUGAUCGGUCAGAUCACAAUGCGAGACGUGCUCCUCGCGCGUGGGCAGAGUACCACAGUCCGGGUCAAGGGCUUCAUCUACGCCAUUCCAGAUAUGGAGCGACUCGGCAGCUUGGCGUCCGAUCUCUUGGCCAACAAGAGCGUUCAGCUCGCUGUCAGAGGGCAGAGUGCGGUGGUCGGUCGAUUGCCAGCGCAAAAGGGUAGUAUGGCAAGAAGUGCCUCGAUGGGCAGCCAUCGCGAAGCCCAUCCAUCCGUCGAGUGGCUUAAUGCUGCGCUGAGGAAUUUGCGUCUGGGGGUGACCAUUCGACACGGACCUCACGACGUUGUGCAGAGAAUCGAGCUCGAGACUCUCACUGCUGCCUUCCCCCGUCACGGUGAGCCGCAACUCGAGGUGGGAGCCAUCUUGGUCAAGUACGAGGUCCCCUUCCCAAUCGACGUCGCCAUAGAGCACGUUCAAGCAGACGUAACCAUCUUGCUCGACGGUACUGUGGUCGGUAAAGGCACGGCAGCUGAAUCUCAAGUCCUCGAGUCACAAGAGAGGGCCGGAUCGCGCCGACGCAAAGACUCACGAUCGGACAGCGAAGUCGAGUUUGCGACUGGCAUCUUGAAGCUGUCCCUGUCCAGCUUCGAAGUCCAGACGAGCAGCGAUGCCUUCUCACGUAUGAUCAAACACGUCUUUGAGAGCGACGAGUCGGACCGCAUCUCUCUGCUCGGCGUCGCUCAUGUACGAGUCAGGACGGCGCUGGGCAUCAUGCCAUGCCACGUCGACCUCGGUGCAGAGCACAAGCUGCGUAUGAAAGGGAUGCGGGCCCUGCGCACCUCGCCCACAGACUAUACGGGCUUGCAAGUCGUCGAUGGCACGCCGGAGAGGCUCAAGGUCACUUUCGAUCUCUUCCUGAACAACCCGAGCAAGAACGUCAUGUUCAAGCUGCCCGACACAGGCCUGAGCUUCGCUGCCUUUUACCGUGGCGCGUUUGUAGGACGAGCGUACGUUGGCGGAGACAGUGGGCCAUUCAGCCUAACUUCGGGGCCCUGCGCCUUCAAGAAUGUCGAGUUCUUUUACUACCCCAAAGAGACAGAAGAAAAGGCCGUUCGCCAGCUCCCCGCGAAUUUCCUCUCGGGCAAGGUCACCAACCUUGAGAUCCGCGGCGACGAGGAGUCGACAGAGGUCGAAGCUAUGCGACCCGCCUUAUCGUCGCUGCGUCUGUCUUUCGACCUCAAGCCCCUCGUCGAUCGAAUGCUCAUUGCCAGCAUCGAGAUCACGCUGGGGGCCAAGGUGCUUACAGCCAACGCGGUGGAGUGCGUCUUUGCCAUCUCAAACCCGCUCAUGGUGCCGAUCGACCUCACGUCGCUGUCCUUUAUUGCGAGGUACAAGGGCAAGCCUUUUGGAAGCGCAUCCAUGAAGUGGUCAGAGGGGGCUGCCCUGCGCGUCUCUCCAGGCUCAGGGCCGAGCAAUCCCGGUCAGGCAAGUGGGCAAUGCCUCGUUACUCUAGGCCAAAGACUGGACCAGCUGGUGAGGGCAUUCUUAGCUGAACGGGGUCAGAUUUACCUGCAGGUCGACUUGACUGCCGGUGUGGAGAUGGGAGGCUACAGGAUACCACUGUUCGAGUAUACCCAAGAGCGUCUGCCUUUACAUAUUCGCAACCUGUCUGGGCCUACGGCGGCCAUCGUUGACGUGUUUGCAUCACCUCGGCGAUCAGCGGACGAUGCCGAUGGCUACCACGUCUCCGCGCUUGACCUGUCGUACCGAGCUUGUCUGGCUGGCUCCUCUUGCUGCCGUCGGAUCUCAGUCGUCGAAGCGCAACCUGCCGACAGCUUCAGCUACGUUACGUUGCCCUUCCACCUCGGCCCUCAAUUGACGCCGUCGCCUCCGCUGCUCAACUACUUUAGAAAAACCAGUGCAGCACUCUUCUUCCAGCCAGCGGCCCCUGUCUCCCAAGCGGCCGCUCUCGCCCUCCUCUCAUCCAAGUCUUCAGCCCAGUACUCUGCCUCGUACGUCGCCUCCCCCUCCGGCCUGCCAGACAAGACUGAGGGACCGCAGACCGGUACAAACAAGUGCGGUACGGGGAGCAAUGCCAACUCGCAGUGCCAAAACGCCUACAUCAACUCUCUCACCGAUUUUUGCCUCUUUGGCCCGCCUGUGCCGGGGAGCGUCAGUGAUCACGAGGGGGACGCUGUCUCUUACUGCACCAAGUCUGGACGUGGCACGCGAUUGAUCCCUGAGGGAACAAUUACCGGUGCGAGCUUUGUGUAUGCGCCCCACUACGUUCAGGUGACGGGCCAUGGUGAUUUCACCAAGAUCAAUGUCACGCCUGGUGACGCUGGAGGAGAGCUUGACCCGCACGGAGCAGACGGCACUGGCAACCCUAAGGGCGGUCUCCUCUUCCACUGCUCCAACGGCAAAUGCAACCAGCUUCACGAAUGGAUGGAGUUCCUCUCCGACUCGGAAUUCUGCAUCCGCGGUUGCUACGACGGUGAUCGUGCCACGUCUCUCUGCCGCCACACGUACGAUGUGCUGGGCUGUGGCUUCAAUAUGCCCGCCAACUAUCCCACCGGUUACUUUGAGACGUGCGACUCGAAUGACGCUGAGGAUAUCGCCUUCUACGACGGGUCUUACUUUGCUCAGGACAUGACCAAGACGGGCGCGCAGGUUCCGGCUCCUCAUGCCCCGCCACAGUCGAGCAUGUGCUCGCAGACUCCGGGCAACCAGCUUUAUGGUGAUUUGGGAGCCAACCCCUUCGGCGGAUCGGCAGGAAACACCAACACGGCGUCAUCGAGCAGCAACCAGCCGUCUAGCUCUUCGUCGUCCUCGUCCAGCUCGAGCACUUCGCCCACGACUUCCUCGUCCACCACGUCCACCAGUACCUCGUCGUCGACUUCCUCGAUGACGACCGCUCGCCCUUCGUCCAGCGACGGCGGCAACCGCGUAGCUGCAAACACGCCCACGACGACGCAGGCAAACGGCCCACACUCCUUCGUUUCGUCCGCCACGGCUGCUCACGUCGGCCUCGCUGCCUGCGUGGGGCUCGCCGGUCUCAUGGGCGGUGUGUUGUUCCUGUAAAUGCCGUCGUAGCCUUGCGCGCCGAUCAUCCUAGCUUCUCAGCGGUCUCUUCGGAGGGUCUCUCGCCUCGAACGGUCAUCUUUGUAUCACAGACACUACCUCGUAUUUAUAUGCGUUCCGUUACCGCAUCGUCUCUCGCCUGCACCCUUUCGCCUCGCUGCCCUGCCUCUUGCCGUCUGCUCGGAGUGGUCAGGCGCCGCCUGCCGUGAGCUCCAGCUAGACUUGUCGGUGCGCAAGACGACUCCAUCCAUUGCGCCGCGGCGUCCGUGAGCCAGCGGAAGAUG